AUGUCUUCAACCAAAGUUCAAGAAGUCACACAUAAGAGAUUAGCUUCGCCCGAUUACGCUACAGCACAUUUCCAAUCCCACAAGAGAUCAAGAAGGUUUGAAGAUACUAGGCAAGAGGAACAAAAGGAUGAUGCAGUUGAUCCACUGAUAAUCACAAAGAAGCAAAAGUCAGACAAGGCUACAUCAGCAAAUACAAACACCUCCAUCCCUAUUCCAGUUGCAGAGGCAUCUAACACCUCAAUUGAAACUAUCUCGCAAAUCUCAUUUGACAAACGUCACCAGUCAGUUCUCUCAGUCAUCCAUUUUAAGCAACCUCUAAAGAUACAAACAGAAUACCCCAUACCAGAAAUCUCGCCUUAUGAAAUACUAGUCCAAAACAAAGCUAUUGGAUUGAACCCCAUUGAUUGGAAGGGCAAGAAAUAUGGAUUUGGAAUCUAUCAUUUUCCUUGGAUAAACGGUCGCGAGUCAAGUGGAGAUAUAGUUAAAGUUGGCUCCAAGGUAAACUCAACAACAAAAGAUGCAUCAUUAUCAGUGGGAGAUAAAGUGAUUGUCAGCUCAACCAGUUAUAGAGACAAUCGAACUUCGACAUUCCAGCAUUUCACCGCGAUUGAUUCGCGUUUAGUUUGGAAAUUACCACACCAUUUCACAUACGAAGAUGGAGCGACUAUUGGCGUGGGGUUAGUCACUGCGGGGAUUCUCUUUUACAGUUCAUUUGGAUUUGAUUUAACCGCAACACCAAGCAAAAGAAAAGGUACUUUGUUGAUUUGGGGUGGAUCAACAAUUGUGGGAAUUUACGUGGCUCAGUUGGCGAAAUUGCAUGGAUUGACGGUGAUUUCCAUCGCGGGAACCAGGCACGCCGAGUAUUUAAAGCUGUUGGGAGUCGAUUACGUUAUUGAUCGAUUUUUGAGUGAUGACGAAAUUGAAGCAAAGGCAAAUGAGUAUUCGCCUGAUGGGAUGGAUUACGGUAUUGAUUGUGUAUCGAAAGAAACCGCAAUCAAGGUAUUGAACAUUCUUGAUGCAAAUAGUGGCAAAUUGAAGCACUAUUCCAAGGUUGGUCCUGAAUCCAAUUCUGAAGCAACGCAAGAACUGGCUGAACGUUCCCCAUUGUUUGCUGGAGUUGUCGGCGUGCCCAAAGAAGAUCAGGCACCCAAACUGGUGGUAUUGAAACCGGUGAUUAUAAAACGUUUCCAUGAAGAUGUUGAUUUCGGAGCCCAGUUUAUCCAAGUCACCUCAAAUUUCCUUGCCGAGUCUAAAAUCAAACCGGCUAGGUACAAGCAAUUUAAUGGUGGACUUGAAAUUAUCGAAGAUGCAUUGAAUGAUUUAGAGAAAAUUGGAGCAAAUGGUGAAAAAUACGUUGUUAGUAUUAGAGAGUAA